AUGGCUACCACCAACUCCAGCAGCUUGGGUAAAACCUCUGCUAGAACGGCAAUAAUUCUCUACGGUUCGGAGACUGGAAAUUCCCGGGAUGUUGCGGAUGAACUUGGGCGCCUUGCAGAAAGGCUGCGCUUCACAGCGCGUGUCUGCGAACUCAAUGCCAUUAAAGCGGAGUCUCUUCAUGACUACGAUAUAGCGAUAUUCGUUGUCUCGACUACGGGACAGGGCGAUUUCCCAGCCAACGCUCAAGUUUUCUGGAAGUCGUUGCUGUUGAAGCGGCUUCCGCCAACAUUCCUUCAUGGCGUAAAUUUUGCUCUAUUUGGAUUGGGAGAUAGCUCGUACCCAAAGUUCAACUGGGCUUCGCGAAAGCUCUACAAGAGAUUGCUACAGCUUGGCGCAAACGAAUUGUACCCUUGCGGCGAAGCGGAUGAGCAGCACCCAGAGGGCUUCGACGGAACAUUUAUUCCGUGGUCAUUGGACUUGCGGAAGCAUCUGUUGGAUAAAUACCCCCUUGCUCCUGGUCAACAUCCCAUUCCGGAUGGUGUCCGUUUACCACCAAAAUGGGUGCUUGCACACCGAGACUCAAGUAAACCGGAAGUCACCACUUCAUAUCCUGAUAUGGCGAUAUCAGAUUUGCAAUCUGGAAGGCAGUUGAGAGACGCCAGCGUCCCUCCCUACUUCACUCACGACUUGCGGCCCAUUCCGAAUACUGUAUCUGCCACACUUACAGUAAACAAUCGAGUCACACCAGAAACCCACUGGCAAGAUGUUCGUCAUUUAAUUUUAACAACUCCGGGGUCUAUUCCAUAUGUGCCGGGAGAUAUUUUACAAAUAACGCCGAGGAAUUUCGUUUCUGACGUAGAUUCGCUGAUAUCUAUCAUGGGUUGGCAGAAGCAAGCCGACACACCUCUAUGCUUCGUCCCAAAUGCUGAAUACGUUUGGCACACCAACAUGUCCACCCCCGAAAUCCCGUUCCUGCUGAGAUCACCUGGAUUUACCCUCCGAACAUUACUGACCGAUUACCUAGACAUCAUGGCGAUACCACGACGCUCCUUUUUCUCCAACAUAUCCCAUUUUACAAGCGACAUUACCCAUAGAGAGCGACUGCAGGAAUUUACAAACCCAAAAUACAUAGAUGAAUUUUACGACUAUACCUCGCGGCCCCGCCGCUCAAUCCUUGAAGUACUCCACGAGUUUAACUCCGUGAAAAUCCCUUGGCAACAAGUUUGUGCCGUAUUCCCCGUCCUUCGUGGCCGACAAUUCAGCCUGGCGAGCGGUGGCAAGUUGAAAAAAGUCGAAGUUUUACCCGGCAGCAACAGCACAACUGUGAGUACGCGUUUUGACAUCCUUGUCGCUGUCGUCAAAUACCAAACUGUUAUCAAAAAGACGCGUGAGGGGGUAUGUACACGCUAUCUCGCAGCACUCCAGCCAGGGAGCUCCCUAAAAGUCCACGUACAAGAGGGCGGACUCAACUCUUCGAUGAGACAACUUCUAGAACCGACUGUAUUAAUCGGUCCGGGCACAGGGGUGGCACCAUUGCGUUCAAUGCUCUGGGAAAAAGCCGCCAUGGCAACUGCGUUUCGGCAGAGGCAUGGUGCAGACGUUCCCGUGCCUUUAGGCCCCAUUAUCUUACUAUUUGGUGGGCGAAAUCGGAAAGCAGAUUUCUUCUUUGAGGAUGAAUGGGAGGAGUUGAAGAAGGUUCUUGACCUUACGGUAAUCACGGCGUUUUCGAGAGACCAGGGGGAGAAGAUAUACGUGCAAGACCGCGUUAGGGAGCAUGCUAAGUUGUUCUUUAGCAUAUUACAUGAUUUGGGUGGCACGGUAUAUAUUUGUGGAUCAUCGGGAAAGAUGCCACAAGCAGUUAGAGAGGCACUUAUUGAAGUUUUUCAAAUGUUUGGGAGGAGUGAAUCUGAGGAGGCGCCGUAUAGUCGAGAAAUGGCAGAGAAGUAUCUGAUGAAUAUGGAGAAGGUAAGAAAGUAUAAGCAGGAGACAUGGUGA